CAGAUUGUCCAACACUCCACCACGAUGAACCACACCGAUCACCAGAAGAGAGCCGUCGUUCCCUCCGCCCGGUCUGUCGAAAUCAGGGCCAAUAAACACGCCGAACUGUUCGUCGACGCAUAUUACUCGGUCUACGACUCCUCCACUCGCUCUUCCAAGCUGCCCGAAUUCUACCGUCCCGAUGCGCGGAUCGUCUGGAACGGCAACGCAAUUUCUGGCUUGCCCGCAUUCUCAGCAACAUUGUUAUCUCAACUCUCAUACUCGAAGCAUGAAGUUCAGUCAUUCGAUGCGCACGCGAUUCCAGGUUCGAUAAUUGCCCCAUCAGUCUUACCAACGAUCUCGAUCUCGAUCUCAGGCCAGGUGAUCUUCUCUGCCCAGCCGUUCCCGUCGAACUUCCGAAUGCCCGACCCGAAGGAUAUCUCCCCGAAGCAGAAUCCGGCGGAUGCCCAGCAGGCCCUUGAUGGUCUCCCCAGGGUCUUCAGCCAAACACUCAUCCUCGCCCCGUCCCCCGCCGCCAAUGAAUCCAGCCAGCCAGUCUCGAUAUCUAACUAUGCCGUCGUGGCUGAUUGCUUCCGGUUUGUCGGAUAGCUCAUUCAUUCACCCCUUCAUUGGAUUAUUAUUAUAUAUGCUAGUGUUUAUGAUUGGUUUGAACUACUAUACAUUUUUUUUAUCUCAAUUAUUGUAAGACCAAUCUUAAGUUUGACUGAGUGUACCUGCCCGCUAUUUCAGGCAGCUUGAGUCGCGAGAACGGCGAUAUCAUGCCACCAAAAAGAGAAGCACCUCAAUUUCAAUCU